AUGUCUCUACCAUCAGACUUCAAGUGGGGCUUUGCCACGGCGUCCUACCAGGUCGAAGGCUCUACCGACAAGGACGGCCGCGGCCCCUCCAUCUGGGACACCUUCUGUGCGAUCCCGGGCAAGAUCGCCGACGGGUCCAGCGGGGCGGUGGCCUGCGACAGCUACAACCGCACGGGCGAGGACAUUGCGCUGCUCAAGUCGCUCGGGGCGACGGCGUACCGGUUCUCGCUGUCGUGGUCGCGCAUCAUCCCGCUGGGCGGGCGCGACGACCCGGUCAACCAAAAGGGGCUGGACCACUACAGGCGCUUCACCAACGACCUGCUGGCGGCGGGCAUCGAGCCCUUCAUCACGCUGUACCACUGGGACCUGCCCGACGAGCUGGACCGGCGGUACGGCGGCCUGCUGAACCGCACCGAGUUCCCGCUCGACUUUGCCCGGUACGCGCGCGUCGUCUUCGAGGGCAUCCCGCAGUGCAAGCACUGGAUCACCUUCAACGAGCCCUGGUGCAGCUCCAUCCUGGGCUACUCGACGGGCUACUUCGCGCCGGGCCGGUGCAGCGACCGAAACAAGUCGGCCGAGGGCGACUCGUCGCGCGAGCCGUGGCUGGUGGGGCACAACCUCCUCGUGGCGCACGGGCGGGCCGUCAAGGUGUACCGCGACGAGUUCAAGGCGCGCGACGGCGGCGAGAUCGGCAUCACGCUCAACGGCGACGCGACCUACCCCUGGGACCCAGAGGACCCGGCCGACGUCGAGGCCAGCGACCGCAAGAUCGAGUUCGCCAUCAGCUGGUUCGCCGACCCCAUCUACUUUGGCCACUACCCGGCGUCGAUGCAGAAGCAGCUCGGCGACAGGCUGCCCACCUGGACCGACGAGGAGGUGGCCCUGGUCAAAGGGAGCAACGACUUUUACGGCAUGAACCACUACACGGCCAACUACAUCCGCCACAAGAAGACCCCGCCCGCCGCCGAUGACUUUCUCGGCAACCUCGAGACGCUCUUCUACAGUAAAGCCGGCGAGUGUAUCGGCCCCGAGACCCAGAGCUUCUGGCUGCGGCCUAACCCGCGGGGGUUCCGCGAGCUGCUGGUCUGGCUGUCGAAACGCUAUGGCUACCCCAAGAUGUAUGUCACGGAGAACGGCACCAGCCUCAAGGGCGAGAACGACAUGCAGCUGGCCCAGAUCGUCGAGGAUGACUUCCGUGUCGAGUACUUUGAUGGCUAUGUCCGUGCCAUGGCGCAGGCCUCGCAGGAGGAUGGGGUCAAUGUGCGUGGGUACUUGGCCUGGUCGCUGAUGGACAAUUUCGAGUGGGCUGAGGGUUAUGAGACAAGAUUUGGUGUCACGUUUGUGGAUUACGAAAACGAUCAGAAGCGAUACCCCAAGAAGAGCGCCAAGAGCCUCAAGCCGCUGUUUGACAGCCUCAUCCAAAAGAGCUGA